GAUUAAAUUAAAUUGUUACUAUUGUUAGUUCGUUUACGGUGUUGUAUGGCGAUAAAACGCGUUUUAUUCACAAUUAUUUAUAUAUUACCAAUUAAUUACGAUGGGAAAAGAAAAGUCUAAGAAGAGAAAACGGUCUACAUCAUCUGAAGACAGUUCCAGUUCAAGCAGUUCAGAUUCUUCGCAAGAAAAAAAGAAACUUCGUAAGUUGAAGAAAAAAUUGAAGAAAGAACAGAAAAGGACGGAAAAGGCAUUGAAGAAGAAAUUGAAAGAGAAGAAAAGGAAGUUAAAAGAGAAGCGCAGAAGCAAAAGCAGCAGUUGUAGUCGGGACGAGACGAAAACUAAAACUGAAGACGCGCCGGCUGACAUACCGCUCGAGCUGAUGGAAAGGUCGAAGGCAAUGGCCCCAAUGACCAAAGAAGAAUGGGAGAAGCGACAGAGUGUUGUCAAGAGAGUCCUCGAUGAAGAAAGUGGCCGAUACAGGUUAAUAAAGGGAGACGGCGAGGUGUUAGAGGAGAUAGUCUCCCGUGACCGACACAAACAGAUCAACCGGCAAGCCACACAGGCUGAUGGAGCCUUCUUCCAGGCAAACACUGUCAAUAAAAAGCAUAUUUUAUAAGGCUAUCAGAACAGCACAUGAGGCAGGGGCAUACCAACGUUAUACAGUGAAUAGAUAAUGCAAAUUAGCUGGAUGCUACACUUUUUAUAUCUAGAUCAUCAUGAAAACAGUUUUGUUCUUAAUUACUUACACAUAACUAUGGGAAGUUAUGAUAAUUUUGAUAUUGUGUGCAUUCACAUAUUUAUGUUAUGCAUCUAGCUACAUUAUAAAGGGAAGUUUUUUCUAUUUAACUUUAAUAAUAAGUGUGACUUUUUGUCACGUUUUUCGAUGACGUCAAAAGUUGCUUUUUCGUACAAAUUCCAUUAUAAUUUCGUGUUUUUGACUUUUAGUAAAAAGACACUGAUUUUACUAGUUUUAACUACCCUAUUUGUACAGCAAAGGAAAUGUACUGAAGACUAGGCAGCAUGGUCUUAUGAUCGUAGCUUGACCCUCAAAUGGGCAAAAGGUAAAAAACAAAACUACCCUAUUUGCAAAUGAAAAAGAUACUUGCAUUAUAUAUUUGCUUUAUAUCUAUAUACUCACCCCUUACAAACUAUUUAUUACAGCUUAGAUAGGAUGUUGCAUUGGCUGCAGAUUUGUAGUUACAUCAUAAAAUACCUUAUUCCUCUUUCUACUCUCCAUUUCCUUCCUUUUCUAUUACUAGUGAUAGGUUAUAAACAUAUCUUAAUGGUAUUAACAUUUUUGUAUAAAGCACUAAGUAGGGUAGUUGACUUUUUUUUCUUUUAAUCAAUCCACUCACGUGAAUUAUUUUUUUUAGUUAUUUUUUUUAUUAUUAGGCAUAAUAAUUUACAGUCAGUGGUAGGGAAAUGUUCCAUCCCGUUCUAGCAAAAUGACACUUGUUGAACAUGAGAUGUCACACAUUCCUAUUGCUAU